AUGUUGAAUAGCUCGUAUAAUAAUUCCACGAACAACGUAACCAUCGAUUUUUUCCAACUCAAUAUCACAUCAUUCCAGGCCCAGAUAUAUCCAAAUCUUGGCAAAACUAGCCUUCUAGGAUAUAAUGGAAUGUCUCCAGGGCCAACAUUUAGGAUACAACGCGGAGUUCAAAGUGUGAUACGUGUUGUAAAUCAUAAUGAUCAACCAGCUGUUCUGCACCUCCAUGGAUCAAACACUCGCGCAGUUUGGGAUGGUUGGGCCGAGGAUUUGAUUCAACCGGGCCAGUACAAAGACUACUACUUUCCAAACUCAAAUACUGCUAGAACUCUUUGGUACCAUGACCAUGCAAGUAUGAUUACGUCUGUCAACUUAUUCAGUGGUUUGGCGGGCUUUUACAUUAUCGAAGAUGCCGAGGUGGAGACCCAACUUGGCCUCCCUCAAGACCAAUAUGACAUUCCCCUAGCGCUCAAUUCAAAACAAUAUACUUCUGCUGGUAAUCUUACAUCAGUCGCUGGCGAGACUAGCAGCCUGUAUGGUGAUAUUAUCGAAGUGAACGGACAACCCUGGCCGUUCCUAUCGGUUGAGCCUAGAAAAUACCGAUUUCGAAUUUUAAACACAGCUCUCAGCCGGACCUUUGUCCUUAGCAUAUUGGAUAAUAGCAGCGGAAAAGUACUGCCACUUCAAGUCGUUGCAUCAGACUCUGGAUUCAUGAAUGCCACGGUAACAACCACCACGUUGACUGUUGCCAUGGCAGAGAGGUGGGAAGUUAUCAUUGACUUCUCAGGUUAUGAAGAUCGCAAUUUAACUCUCAUGAACGAACGAAAUGUUUUCGAUUCGAUUGACUUCCAAGAGACUGAUCUCGUGAUGCAAUUCAAUGUAGCAUCUGCGGUUUCUUCCAACAUUAACAACAACUCGCCCCCGUCAUCCUUAGUCUCAAGAGACUCUCCAUCACCUGGUACCUUUAUUCAUCGUACAUUCAACUUCGAUAAGCAAAAUGACGAGUGGGUGAUAAAUGGUGUACCGUUUACCGAUGUCAAGAACAGAGUUCUUGCAGCGCCUCAAAGAGGAGCCACGGAGAUAUGGGUACUGGAGAACCACAACUCUUAUUGGAGCCACCCGAUUCACAUCCACAUGGUAGAUUUCCAGAUCAUGUCUCGCUCAAACGGCCGUAACACAGUUGAGUCUUAUGAGAAAGCAGCCCUCAAGGAUGUCGCUGUGCUUGGCCCGAAAGAAACGGUUACGAUAGCAGUCACCUUUGCCCCGUUUGAGGGCCUGUACAUGUUCCACUGCCACAACGCCAUUCACGAAGAUCAUGCGAUGAUGGAUGCGUUUAACAUCACAGCCAUUCAAGGACUGGGCUACAACGAAUCGGACCUGAUUCUUGCUGACCCGUUGGAUGCCACAUGGCGCGCAAAGAGCUACACUGAUGCAGUUGCUCAAUCGGACUUGGACGAUGUUUUGGCAGCUUUUGUUGCGACUAUGGCAUACAACUACGUCUCAACGGAAGCAGUUCAAAAUUCUGGAAAUUGCAAGAUAAGGGAAUAA